AAAUGUUGACGUCAACAAAUCAUAUCGAAUUUUCAAAUAAAAUUUUAGGUAAGAGCCAGACGCCUUGUGUGUCACUUGGCUCAAGGAUUUCGAUUUGAGAACCAUUAUGACCUCUUCGGAUAACAACACCGAGGAUAAUGCCGGUUACUUGAGUGACGACCCUGAGGACGAGGAGAACAGGAGGAUUCUGAAUUCGAUGGAGAGCAUGGGCGAUAUCCACCAAACCUACAAGUCCAAGAGUGCCCAACAAUUGCGUACCCACCCAGUGGCUGUCGAAAGUUGUGACACCCAUCAACAAAAGGCCAAAUCGAUUUUAUCAGCCACUUGUUCAAGUUCACGAUCGGAGGAAAAAAAGUGUGACACCAAUUUAGAAAGCGAUUUAAGUUCCUUCCUCAAACAUACGAGUCUGCAUUACUCACAUAUUCGCAUUUCAUCGGGUCAAGAAGGGCAAGAGACCAGCCAGGCCAUGAAUUAUGGAAAUUACAGCUUCAAUGCAGCUAGUGAGCCUUGCUGUAGCUGGCAAUCAGCUGUGACUCAACAACAGGCUCCCACUUUAAAUGAGACUGUUUCUUCUGCCGACGAAGUCAUUCAAAAUGGAGGAUACUACACAAACUAUGGGCCAUCGCUGCCGGAAUGUAGUUCGGCAUCUAAUGAGACGAUCGUGAAUCAGCCCACUAUGUGUGCGGCGCCCACCGCUCCAAGUAUGGAGACUCCGAGUUGCUCUCUGGAAUCAGGAUGCUGCUGCAGUUCAAUGAGGCCAACUGAGCAGCCACCGGCCGAGUACUCCGGCCAACAGCAAAACGUCUACCAAGGUCACCAGUCCACAAGUGUGGACCCCUCAACAGGAAUGGCCUACUACGUUUAUCCUGGAAAUGGCAUGUACCCCGCAACAGCCAUGGGAAUGAAUCAGUCCCAAAAUCAAUAUACUAAUCAGCACGGCGGUCAAUAUACUGGAGGAGGUGUCAGUAAUGCUAUGACGGCUGGUCCUUCUACCACUCAGGGUUCCAAUGCUGGCUAUGAUAUGGAUGCUUUUAUGCGAAAAUACCAGCAAAGUGUUCAACAAUGUUAUGCCACGGCCCAGCAAGGACUUCAGCAGACCUUUGCACAAGUUAAUUCUCAAUAUCAGCCUUAUUUGAAUAGUUAUGGCCAGGGUGCUCAACCAUAUUACGUAAAUCCCAUUCAAGGUGCUCAGUCAUACUAUCCACCAACGAUGUCGAUGCCUGCUUCAAGUUACUUUGGGGCCGGUGGCGGCUUCGGGAGUGACAGACUUCAGACCCAAACAGUAUACUCAUCGGAUUACAAGCCCUACUGCACUGAUGGCAACCAUUUCAACCACUUUCCCAAUGGCAAGGACAUCGGCUUGUCCCCCGAAUCCUGUCCCGGCUAUAGUCCAGUGGGAACCGCUGGACUGGCCGAGAUGAGCGCCGGAGGUCAGGUCUAUGGCAUGGGAGGUGGCUACGAAAUGGAUGCGGGUUCCUAUCCGUUGAGUCACAUGGGUUAUUCAGGUUCUUAUAAUUUCGAUAUGCCACCUUUAUCGGCUGGCUAUACUCAAGCUCCAGGAGUGGCCAUGGUCAGUCCUAAUGUUUCUAAUAACACUCCAAGCGGGAAUCCUAAAAUAGCCAUUCAGCGGCACUAA